CUCGAGGGCUCCGCCGCCGGCAGCCGGGCGGGCAGCGGGGCACAUGGCAUGUCUGAUGGCGGCUUUCUCCCUGGGUACCGCUUUGAACGGCAGCAAUUCCACUUGUACCAUGGCUGAGCCAAAGUCAGUGUGUGUUUCAGUGGAUGAAGUGGUCUCAAAUGGCACAGAUAAUCAAGACAUUCGACUGAUGAAUGGACAUUUAAGAAAGGUGGACUGUACUCUCACAGAAGCUCAUCGUUUCUCCUACCUGCCCCGCAGACCAGCUGUGAAUAUUGAAUUUAAAGACCUGUCAUACUCUAUACAAGAAGGGCCGUGGUGGAGGAAGAAAGGUUAUAAGACCCUUUUGAAAGGAAUUUCAGGGAAGUUCAGCAGUGGAGAACUUGUUGCGAUUAUGGGUCCUUCAGGAGCUGGGAAGUCAACACUCAUGAACAUUCUGGCAGGAUACAGAGAGACGGGAAUGAAAGGAGAAAUUCUCAUCAAUGGACAGCCUCGUGACCUGCGGUCUUUUCGCAAAGUCUCCUGCUACAUCAUGCAAGAUGAUAUGCUCCUUCCUCAUCUGACUGUCCAGGAAGCUAUGAUGGUAUCUGCUCAUCUAAAACUUCAAGAGAAAGAUGAAGGCAGGAGAGAAAUGGUAAAGGAAAUAUUGACAGCCCUUGGUUUGCUGACAUGUGCCAACACAAGGACUGGGAGUCUUUCUGGAGGCCAGAGAAAGCGUCUUGCCAUUGCUUUGGAGCUGGUGAACAAUCCUCCUGUCAUGUUUUUUGAUGAACCAACCAGCGGCUUGGAUAGUGCAUCGUGUUUUCAGGUUGUCUCUCUGAUGAAGGCUUUAGCCCAAGGUGGCAGGUCCAUCAUCUGCACAAUUCAUCAGCCCAGUGCUAAACUGUUCGAGUUGUUUGAUCAGCUCUAUGUUUUAAGUCAAGGUCAAUGCAUUUACCGUGGGAAGGUAUUAAACCUAGUCCCUUACUUGAGGGAUUUGGGGUUGAACUGCCCAACCUACCACAAUCCAGCAGAUUUUGUUAUGGAAGUAGCAUCUGGUGAAUAUGGAGACCAAAACGGCCGGCUGGUAAGGGCAGUACGAGAGAGGAUAUAUGACACAGACUACAAGAGAGAUGUUGGCAGUGAAAAUGAGUUGAAUCCCUUCCUCUGGCACCGGCCCUCUGAAGAGGAUUCUUCCUCCACAGAAGGCUGCCACAGCUUCUCUGCCAGCUGCCUAACCCAGUUCUGUAUCCUCUUCAAAAGAACUUUUCUCACCAUCAUGAGGGAUUCGGUCUUGACACACUUGCGUAUCACGUCCCACAUUGGUAUCGGGCUGCUCAUCGGACUGCUCUACUUAGGCAUUGGCAACGAAGCUAAGAAAGUUCUCAGCAACUCUGGUUUCCUCUUUUUUUCCAUGUUGUUUCUUAUGUUUGCUGCGCUCAUGCCAACUGUCCUUACAUUUCCUCUUGAGAUGGGAGUAUUUCUUAGAGAGCAUUUGAACUACUGGUACAGCCUGAAAGCCUACUAUCUCGCCAAAACCAUGGCUGAUGUUCCUUUUCAGAUCAUGUUUCCUGUGGCUUACUGCAGCAUUGUGUACUGGAUGACUUCACAACCCUCUGAUGCACUCCGAUUUGUCCUCUUUGCAGCCUUGGGAACCAUGACAUCUCUGGUGGCCCAGUCACUGGGUCUUCUCAUAGGUGCUGCCUCUACAUCCCUCCAGGUGGCCACUUUUGUGGGCCCAGUUACUGCCAUCCCAGUGCUUCUCUUUUCUGGGUUUUUUGUCAGCUUUGAUACCAUCCCAACAUACCUCCAGUGGAUGUCCUACAUUUCCUAUGUCAGGUAUGGGUUCGAAGGAGUUAUUCUCUCCAUCUAUGGACUGGAUCGAGAAGAUCUGCAUUGUGACAAAGAUGAUACCUGCCAUUUUCAAAAAUCAGAGGCCAUUCUGAGAGAACUGGAUGUAGAAAAUGCCAAACUUUACCUGGACUUCAUUGUUCUUGGGAUUUUCUUCAUCUCUCUGCGCCUGAUUGCCUAUUUUGUUCUCAGAUACAAAAUCCGAGCAGAGAGGUAAAGGCAAAACAGCUAAAACAAUGCAGUAGGAAGAUCUUUAGACAUGCAAUAGAGGGCACUUGACAUUGUCUCACUGUGGCAGGCCAGUCUCCAGUGCCCAGCUAGAUGCUGUUAGGACUAGCCCAUAGAGAACCACAAUGGGGUAGUGGACAUAUAGUGUUAAGCCAAUCAAUCCUGUUGGGUUUGGUCAUGUUUUCAUUACACUUUCUAGCUUUAACUAGGAAGAAGAAAUAGAAGGGAAUUUUACACUGCAGAAUAUCAAUAUCAAGGCAGUGUAACUGUAAUAAAAAAACCUGGCUGCUGGAACUUUCUUGAUGAAAACCAAUUUUGUGAUAAGGCAACACUGGACCUGGUAGCCAGAAUAGUAUAAUGUGAUCGAUAGUUGACAAAGUAAUGAGAUGCAAAAUGGGGAAUGCAAAGAAAAUAGGGUUCUGUCAUCUUUUUAAAUUUCGAGUUUCAUCUUUGCAGUUUUCUAUGUAUUAUUUUGCAGUUCUUUUCCACAGAAUUACCCCUUCUGGCCUAAAAUCUGUAAAUGCAUUAAGGUAAAGAUAUCUUUUUAAUAUGGAUACUUUUUUAAAACAAACCUGAAGUGAUUCAAGUAAUUAUUCUUGUUUCUGUCUAAAUUUAGAAUUCUGGUGCUUUACUUGUCGAGCUGGUCUCAUAUCAGAAAAUUGUAAUGAUAGGAGGAAAAGGCAGAUUUUGAGUCUGCACUAAACCUGUGGUCUGUAAUUGGAAGCAACAAUAGGUAGCACAGGCAGUCAGACAUGUUCAAACUGUCAAAUGAUUGAAAAGACAUUCUUCUGCAGUGUCUUUUAAAUCCUCAGUAUUUGUGAUAUUUAAAAUACUAACUCUGCUUAUUAUCUAUUUGAUCUACCUCCUGCGAAUGAAAAGAAUUAAAGCACUCCAAGUUUUAUUUUUUCUUAAAUUGUGACAGCAAAAUCUAUCCCUAAAACCUGAGUGAUUUUUGAAGCCUGAUGGAGUGAAGGCUCUAUUUACCACUCAAAAGUUGGAGUAUUCUGUGAAGACACUUUGCUUCAUAUGGCAGUGUUCGUUGUAUCUGCAGCACACUACAUGUAGGACUCCUCAAAAUAUACGAAUGACCUUGUAAUACUGCAGGUCUAAUUACGCCAAGCAGUUUUGUUUUUAUCCCGAAGGGUACGUGCAUGACGUGGGAAUUAAUAGCUCAUUGAUCUGAACACCAAUGAAACCAUUAAAAGAAUUUGCUUUGCAUAUCUCGCCUUUGUAAACUUGAGAGGUGGAAUUCUGCCAGGUUAAUCUGAAUUUUGACACUGGUUUUCAUGGUUUGGAUUUUCAACCCAAAAGGAAAUUGUGGGGCCCAUACUCAUGUUGGACACCUUGCUGAAUUUUUAUGUGAAUUCCACUACCUUCUUCCAUCACUGUGCAUUUAAUUUAGUGUCACAGACCUCCAAGUCAGACCUACAAAUUCUGCAAACGCAUUAUUCCCGUGCUAAGUCUUGCAGAUUGGAAGCAGCUCAAUGUCAACAAACCAUUCAGGAGCUCAGCAGCUCAUGACAGUAGAGUAGAUGAAGAGAGACCUUUGCACAUCUGCUGGUCACCAGCAGUUACAGUUCACAGGCUGUUUUUGACAACCCCAUGGCUAUGUCAAUACUGGUAAACUAAAUAGUGCCAGGAUAAUAGCUCUGUUAGUUCUCAGACAACUGGGGCUAAUAGUAAUUGUCCCUGUACUGCACUAACUUCUAAACAGAGCCCAAACAUUAUCUGGAAAAGCUCUAACUGUGCUGGGCUACAGCUGUGGCAUUUAGAACUGAAGACAAGGCCCUAGUUUUCCUGGCCUGUUCCUGGCCUCUGUUUAAUUUACCACUAUAGACAUAGACUACAUGUAUCUGUUAAACUCAGGAUGCUUGAAUUAAGACUGUGUUCCGAAAAACUUUAAGGCAAGUGACACGUUUUAGGAAGGUUAGCUGAACUUUCUCUGAAAAGAAGGUUGACCUGUGAAAGCAAAGUCAGUCUUUACUGUAGACGAAAAAAAAAUCCUUAGACAAUCUCUUUGCAUAGUGGUGGUGUUUUUUCACAAAAAGUCCUGGAGCCAGCAGAGCUUUUAUACAGCUCUGCAGCUUCUCCAAGUAUAAUCACAAGUACGCAUUGACCCAUAUGGCUGUCAGAUAUGAGAAAUGAAGAAUUUUAGUCAUUCUAAAUAAUACUCAGAACAGUGAAGAGUUUUUAAAUAAGCCACAAGCUGAAAUCUCUUGGCACAAUUCUUGAUUAUUUCAAGACUCUGAAAAUAUUUGUGAAUAUUACAGGUGGUUCAAAUCCUGUUUGCAAGCAGACAAAAGACUACAUUUGCCAAAUUACUCUUUCCUUGCAUACUGCUUGUUCAGCUGUAGGCUGGCUGAAAAUGAAAGAGUGUGACAUCCAUGGCAUUAAAUACCUUCAGGGCUCGUGUUUUGUAUUUACCAACACCACUUACCAAAUACCACAGUGAAAAUCCAUUGCAGUGUACCAAAUGAAGUGACUUUGCUGACAUUUCAUCACUGCUAAUUUACAAGAUGACAAUGCUGUCUGCUCCCAUCUAGACCAAUUUAGCAGUAUGGGUUCCUUGGAUGUUUGUUAUCUGCACCAAUUCCUCUGUUUGUAGACUCUCCUAUUUUAUCUCUUUAGUCUGCAGCAUGGCCCUCUCUACUGCAACUUUAUAUUGCAUUAUGUAGUCAAAAGUCUGGUCCUCCAUGGGUAUUCCUAAGAAUAUGCAUGCUCUGGAAUAAUUUUUGUCACUACUUUUUUUGCUAGAUACACUUUCUCCCAGCCAUCUGCUGAUAGCAUUUAGCUGCAAGUUACUAUUCUAAGGAACACUUUCAGACUGUAGUAUCCCAGUAAAGCCAGAAAUGAAUACUCUUGAAACUCAGUACUACGCAUAAAUGAGAUAAUCAUUCUUUCCCUCCUUAGCUCUAAAAUUAACUAAUGAUAUCUCUUUUGUCACUACUGUGGGACAGAAGUAUUUAAAGUCCACCCCAAUUAUGUUUUCAUAUACUGCCAAGAUUUUUAACAUAGUCUCAGCAUGGCUUUUUUCUAUUUAUGUGGGUAUAAAUUCCAACAGGCUGGUAUAAAAUGCAUUCCUGGGUUGAUGACUGAGCAUGCAUGUGCUAUAGUGUUAAGCAAGCCCAUUGUGAAGCUCUGAAGGCUUCAUGCAAGAAUAAUGAGGUCAGCAAGAUUCUAAAGAUUCCUCAAUUUAUAUAGCUUUAUAUAAAUAGCCAUAAACUGGUUGAAAUCAAUGCCAUUAUUACUAUUCAAACCAGUCACAAUCUGGCUAAAAGUCAUAUAAGGGACUAAAGGUUUUUAAAGGUCUCUUGAAGACUGAAUGAAUGAUUUUUGUUGGGAUUGCAGGAAGACUUUAGUGUACUGUUGGCCUUCUGGUUCUAUUUCAACUCAUUUUGACAAUUUGCUUUGGUUGCUGUCUGCGCCAGCUAAGACUUCAGGUGCUUCAAAUGGGUUUUUGUUUGUUUGUUUUUCAUCCCGGAAACUUGCAUAUAAUCUGAAAAACCCUUUAAGGUUUUAAAAAGAACUUAGACCAUUAUUAUUUACAAUUAAAUAAAAUAUUUGGAAAGCAGAUUCUAUUCACAUAAGAAAUUGAAAAAAAAUUAUCUUUGUAGAUCAGAGGUUGUAAUUGGUGCAGAGUAAUAUCUGAUUCUGAAAUCCUGUUCACUUCUUAAAUUUUGGAGCCCCAGAUAUAUCUUUUCAUUAAAGGAGAGUUACAUAUGUAUAUAUAUGCAUAAUAGGGAGAGCUGGUUAUCUAAUCAGGAGGUAAUGAACACUUGAGUCCAAGUACUGGAUGUAUCAGGUGACUGGCACUUCGAUCUAUUCUUCUGUGGCAAAGGCUAUGUUGUCAACAGAAAUUAAUGUUUCAUUAAACAUUUGUUUCUGGAAAGAAGUAUGAUACAUACUGACCUGUACCACCCCAGUGAUCCUCACAGAGGAGGUCUAAUUACUCAACGAUGGAUGGUUUUGACUCUAAUGGGAUCCUUUGAAGCCCUGUUCCAACAAAGUGCUGAUGUAUCUUAAUAACUUCUCAGAUCUGCAUUGUCUCAUGUGAAUCAAAGGAACAACUAAUGCCUUCAAAACAAAGUCCAGGCUUAAGUGCGUUGCUGGGGGAGAGCUGUAUUGCACAGGCAGACUGAAAUGUUGGCUGUCUAAACAGAUUUGGAGACUGUACUCAAAAGUCUGUUUGCUUUGGGUUAAUCUCUAGGAGAUGACAGCUUUACAGUGAUCUUGAAUCAAUCUUUUUGAAUCACAAAAUACUUCUUUGGAGGGGAAGAGGAGAAUAAAAAUCAAGCAUGGAGAUGAGUGUAUAUUUUUCUGUAUAUUUACUAUUACUUUGCGUAAUUGCUUUUGUUAUCUGCAUAGUUGUGGUAAGGAGAAAUGAACUUUCUUUUUUUUUUUCUUUCUGUACCAGAAAUGCCAAUCCAGAACUGCUUUACAUUUGAACAAUGUCAGCAUUUAUUUUUACUUUCCACACUAAGCAGGAAGGGUGAUUAUUUUUCAGUGUUAACUUUUAUUGGAAUAUGAUUUUAUUCUUUUGUCUUCUGUUCUGUGACAUUGUUCAGGAACAAUGACAAAGGGCAGUGGAGACACUUAAAGGUGUAAUGGUGAUGUUUCUAAAUUGAGCUCCUCAGAAAAUGCAUUUGAGGAGGGUGCUAAUGGCACAUUUACCUCUUUCCACAGCCUGCUGCACCUUCUUCCACGUUGCCUUUGCUCACAGAGCUUCAGGUCCAGUCUCAUUUGGUGGCUGUGAGAGAGAGAGGGGCAAGGAGGAAUGGCUUCAAGCUCCACCAGGGGAGGUUCAGGCUUGACAUCAGCAAAAAAUUUUUCACGGAAAGGGUCAUUGGGCACUGGAAUAGGCUGCCCAGGGAGGUGGUUGAGUCACCUUCCCUGGCGGUGUUUAAGGGCCAGGUGGACAAGGUGCUGAGGGGCAUGAUUUAGGGAGUGUUAGGAAUGGUUGGACUCGAUGAUCCAGUGGGUCCCUUCUAACCUAGUGAUUCUGUGAUUCUAUGAUUCUAUGUGUGUUUGUCCUACAUAAAGCAGGCGAGCCCCUGAGCACUGCAGUGCUGGUUAUAAGCUCCUUUGGUGUGAUGAGGUUAGUUCUGUGGGGAGUUUUUUAUACCUGUGGAAUCUGCUUUAAUACUCCUUGAUGUUAGUGCAGCAGUAGGCUGGCUUGGAGUCUUCUUCACAGUGGUAGAGCACAGCAUUUUCUGUCCCAGUCUGGCAGUGGCUCUAUUCUGGGAAGAUUUUGAAGUGCAUCAGCUGUCUUGGAUUGAGUAGGAUUUAAACACAAACUUGAAUGCUUUCCCAAACAGAACAAUUCUCUUGAACUGUGUGUGGUUUUGGCCAAGCUUUGUGAGUUAGUUAGAAUAUGAUUGAAAAAGACAUCAGCUGCAGGAGUAGCCGCAAAGCAGAGCUUCCUUCUGAAUGCAUGGGUAGAGCUAAGAUGGCCAGAUGCAGCACUGGAUCAAGGUGUGGAGGGAGAGGAAAUUAUAUGCAUGCUAUGGAUACCUUGAUUCAGCGAAUGAAAUUCAAUUCUUUUUCAUCUUCAUCAGCUGGAUAGUGUAAUUGAAGAUGAUGUAUCUCUCUACUUUUCUCUGCAGUAAAAGGAAAGAAAUAGCCAUCUUCAGGACAAAUGGACCCAAAGUACUUCCAUAAUUCCCUGAAGCAUGUAUUUUUCCUAGCAUCUUGAAUUCUGGCCCAUACGGUGUGUUUUGUUAUAGCAGUUGCUGCAUUUGAAAUCACACCUGUUCCUGGGGGUUCCAGGGCAAUGUCAGCUGGAGCAAGACUGGAUCCUCAUUUUGCCAGUGGUUCUGGCUUUUUCUAUCAGACCUGAAGUGGAUAAAUUGAUGUUAGCAGGGUAAUUCAGCUUCCUGGACUUACUGAGCUGAAAUGUACGCAUUUCUUCCGGUUUCCCAAGCUCCUUCUCUAGUUAAUGGGCACUAGACAGAAGCUACAGAGGUGAUUCUUCACACUGAACGUAGUAUUUCCUUUGUGGUUUUUCGUAGGCGUGUGUUCUGGGCACUGGCAGAAGAUUUGGAAUUAGGUAAUGUGACAAUAAUGCAUGGUUUGUCCUCAGGGAGGUACAUAAUUAUUGCACCGAGGAAUGAAAGAGCCUAGGAACUUUACAUAGUCUGUCUACCUGCUCUGGACAUGUCAGGUUAGAGGAGAUGAGCCCUUAUAUGUUUAGAGCUUAAAGUUUGGCACUUAGACUUUUGGAGCUCAUACCUCUGGAGCUGGAAGUCAAGCAAUUCCUUGCUAAAAUGGAAUCUUAUUAAAACUGGUCUUACAUUGUGGGUGCCAUAACACUCUUAAUAAGUAGGUGUGGUGUUUGAAGUUACCUUGUUUAUGUAGCCCUGCUGUAAGCAAAAAAAAAGUCUGGGUUUCACCCUGAACUCUUGAGUGUUAGGAUUGUUGAUUCCUUCAACAUUCACGCAGGGCAGCAAAGACCCCUGCCAAAAGCAGGAAUGUUAGAAAACGCUGAGGUUGGUUUUGUCAGUAGCUGGCCUUACACUCCUCCAGAGUGGGCUGACUGUUGUAGGUAAUUGGUCUGUCUUUCUGCAGAGUGGAUCUCAGUGGUAGCUGCAGAGAUACCAUCCCACAUGUUGUUCUUUUCCUUUGAGAAAAUCAUCUUCUCAUAUGUAUCCAUUUUCGUACCAGAACAGCCUGAUAGGGUACGAUUGCUCAGGAAUUUCUUUCUUUUAGUUCUGUAUGGAAAGCCAUUUAUAAAGUACAAUUAUUUGAAAAGCUGUUGGGAACUAGAUGUAGGCAGAAAAUGACACUGUGUCAUGUCCUUUGUAACAGUUUGUGACAGGCUGAUCAUUACUGUGCCCAUGACACUACCACACAGCACUAGUGAGUGAAUAAAUUAAGUGCUGAGUGUCACUGAAGUUAAUCAUGAGGUCUGCAAUUCAUGAACAGGGGCAGUAGCAUUUUCAGGGAUCAACUCCUACUGUCCUCUUUUUAAAUAUCUAUUUUGAUAAUAUACAAAGAGAUUGAUGUAAUGUAUUGCACGGAGUGUUUUUGUAACCCUAGAUAUCAUUCUGCCUAUUACAUGUCCAAAAGUUGCAGGUUGAGCCUGCAAAAGUAACGAGUUUCCUUUUAAUUCUAUGCUUAUACUAGCCCAUUUCUGUACACAUUCACGCAGAGUUUGUGAAGGAGAAAUGGUAUUGUAGAGCAGGAAACUUAGCUUCAGUGGUUCUAUUAUUUUGAUAUUUUACAGCGAACUAUAACUUUAUGCACUUGUCAACUGGUGAAACUUCAAGAAAUUUAGAUUUCAGUCGAGACUUAUUGCCAGGACGGUAAAACAAGGGGUGACCAAUCAAAAUACGUAUCCUUUGGCACAAGAAAUCCCCAUGGCUCAGCCUGCCAGGCUGCAUUCUCUGCUUAUGCCUUUAAGAUACAGUGAGAUUUUGUCAACCCUUUUUGUUCUGGCGGCCUUCAUGCAGCUCAGCCCAUGCUUACCCAUUGCUUGUGUCCUUAUUGCUAGGUGUUUGUGGUUGAUGUCCAUGUGGGGUGUAAAAAUGAGCUGGUUGGGAACAGUGCGAGGUAGGAAGGAGGUGGAGGGAUGACUUCUAGAAUUCUUUGAGCUACCAAAUACCUAAUGUGCUGGAUCUAUGGGUGUUCUUUACUCUUUCAAGAAGCAAAAAAAAAAGUAAAAUGUCUUUUUAAGCAGAUUGCAAGGCAACAUGGAAGUCUUUACUUUCAAAGUUGGUGGAGUUUUCCUACUUCAGUGGCAUCUGUGAUGUCUUUUCUGCUGACCCCAUUGUAGCUUAUUUUAGUAGAUUAUUUAAGGUAACCAUUAUACAAAAUCCUUUCUAUUACUUCCAAAAAACAGCUUUCCUGGCCUCAGUUAUAAUGGUACCAACAUUUACCAAAGUAAAUUAGUUGUUGAGCAAUUAAAAAAAGUGGAAAAAAAUGCUCUUAAAUUAUGGUAGAAGUAGUGUAAUUUAUGAUAAGAUUUACCCUAAUGAAAUUACAGUGAAAAUUAAAAUUUGAGGAAAAUAUUAUGCUGAUAUAUCAAAAAAAGAAUGCAAACAAGUCCUGCAGUGUACCCAAGCCUUUACAUGUGUCAGUAAAGAUUUGUGAAACACCCUAUCGGAGUCAGGUGACUUUAUUGUGAAAUACUGCCCUUGAAUCUGUUACUGAAUUAUUUAACAUUUGUUCUUUUGUUUUUAAAGCAAGAGUCAAUGCAAGGUAUCGUUUUAAAUCAGCGUGCUAAAGUGUGCAUAUUCAGUAUAUCUAAUAUGUCAUUGUUGUCUCUUGUUUCUGUAAUGCAUUUGCAUUACUAUGAAUCAGUUUUAUUACGCUUCUCUAGAGACUAUUGCUGCCUGCACGCUGUGAUAUAUUUGCACUGUUGUAGAUAUAUAUAUACACGUAUAUAUAAUUAUAUUAUAUAAACCAUGUCUUUUUCAGGUUGCUUGUUACCUUUGUAGUUCAUGCUUACCGGUACAGUGAACCUGAGUAAAAAUGUGGGAUGUGGGGCAUUCUGAUGGUAUAUUACAAUAAUAGAGAAAUCUUUGUAUAUUUCUGUAUACUUAAUACCUGUAAGAAGAGAUUUGUAUGUGCAUUAUUUUCGAAACUAGGGCUUUGUUUUCUGAGACUAGAGAUCAUUUAUGAUAAUGUAACAA